CAAACCACGUGGACGCGUCGGGGGCCGCCGUGGUCCCUGUCGCGUUCCCAGCUCCCGGCCCUCCGCGGACUGCGCGCACAUGGCGACCCAGGCGCACUCCCUCAGCUACGCGGGGUGCAACUUCUUGCGCCAGCGGCUGGUCCUGUCCACCCUGAGCGGGCGCCCGGUCAAGAUCCGGAGGAUACGGGCCAGGGACGACAACCCGGGCCUUCGAGAUUUUGAAGCAAGCUUUAUAAGACUGUUGGACAAAUUAACCAAUGGUUCUCGAAUUGAAAUCAACCAAACGGGAACAACCUUGUAUUACCAGCCUGGCCUCCUGUAUGGUGGGUCUGUGGAGCAUGACUGCAGUGUUCUCCGUGGCAUUGGCUAUUACCUCGAGGCUCUACUUUGCCUGGCUCCGUUCAUGAAGCACCCAUUAAAAAUCGUCCUGCGAGGAGUGACCAAUGACCAGGUUGACCCUUCGGUUGAUGUUCUUAAAGCAACAGCACUCCCUCUGUUGAAACAGUUUGGGAUUGAUGGAGAGUCAUUUGAGCUAAAGAUCUUGCGACGGGGAAUGCCUCCUGGCGGAGGAGGUGAAGUGCUUUUCUCAUGCCCUGUAAGGAAGGUCCUGAAGCCCGUUCAGCUCACAGACCCAGGGAAAAUCAAGCGAAUCAGAGGGAUGGCGUACUCAGUGCGCGUAUCCCCUCAGAUGGCAAACCGGAUUGUGGACUCUGCCAGGAGCAUCCUCAACAAGUUCAUACCCGACAUCUAUAUUUACACAGACCACAUGAAAGGCGUUAACUCUGGCAAGUCUCCAGGCUUUGGACUGUCACUGGUGGCAGAGACUACCAAUGGUACCUUCCUGAGUGCUGAACUGGCCUCUAAUCCCCAGGGCCAGGGAGCAGCAGUUCUUCCUGAGGACCUCGGCAGGAACUGUGCGAAGCUGCUGCUUGAAGAAAUCUACAGGGGUGGAUGUGUGGACUCGACCAACCAAAGUCUAGUUCUGCUGCUCAUGACCCUUGGACAGCAGGACGUUUCCAAAGUGCUGCUGGGACCACUCUCCCCCUACACGAUAGAAUUUUUGCGGCACUUGAAGAGCUUUUUCCAGGUUAUGUUUAAAAUUGAAACAAAGCCGUGCGGUGAAGAACUCAAGGGUGGGGACAAAGUGCUGAUGACCUGCGUUGGUAUUGGCUUCUCUAACCUCAGCAAGACUCUCAAGUGACUCUGUUGCAUCAUAAGGCUCCGUUGUAUAUGGACGAAGCAGAAACUGCGAAGGACCAAAGGGACAAGUCCAGAUGUGUCCAUCCUGGACAGGACAGCCUCGUAACACUGAGGGCUGAAUUACUAAUUUACCACUGAAAAUACUGAUGUGCAGAAAAGACGUCUCUACCAUGUGACCUCCAGCUGCUUCUCCAGUGACAGUGGCAUUCCUUAGAGGUCCAUGCUGUGAGCCUCCCAACUCACCUGGAGGAGGGGCCCUCAGGAAGCAGUCAUGCUGCCAGAACACCCCUGUGUCUUUGGACUGUGGUUUUGUGCAGGGUUAAUGCUGCAGUGAGUGUGGAAACCCUCUGUUGAUCAUGACAAACCCUGAGGAUGCCGGGGGCUGAGGCAUUUGUUUAUCUCUUGUCUUGUGAACAAGUUGUGUGGGCACAUGUUGAACGUCAACUGGUAUACUGUGUUUGCAAGGUUGGGAUGGGGGAGAACAGUUAUGGGUGUCUUUAGAGGUUUUCUGUAUCCCGGGUAUGGCAUAAAUUUUGUUUUUAUUCUUCUAAUAUCACUAGAGUGUAAAUUAUUUCUAUAAGAAAACUCAAAAGGAUUUUUUAUUUGAUGUUUAUAAUGCAAAAACUUUAGAUCUGGUUUAAAGCCAUCACAAGCAGGGUCUGGGAUUUUCCUACUUUAAGCUAAUAUUCCUGUUUCAUGGAAGCCAGCAGAGUCCUAGCUAUCAAAGUCCUGGGUCAGAGACAGAACUUUAUAGCAUAACAGGCAGCAUAAAUAUAUUUCAACUGAAGUUUCCUACUGCCAAAUCCUGCUGUAGAAGGAGAGGGGCUUGGGCAGGUGUGUGUGCAGUAAAAUUUGCAUCACAAGCAAGGAACACUUAUGCUGAGGACUCUUCUUUUUCUUAGCAAGUCUGUUUUUUAUUCCAUUGAAAAGACUUUCAACCCUCAAGACUGCUUACUGCACAGUUUUGAGAAGGGACUUAGGCAGAGACCGAUGAGAAUGUGCAGGGGUCCCAGGACCAUGGCAGAUCCCCGCCCCCGCCCCCGCCCCCCCAUCAGUAGAUUCUGUAUGUGACGUGUACACAGUAUGGGACCAGUGGCGUUUUCCCUGUUGGGACAGGCUUCGGAAG